AGCAGGGGGAGGGGAGGAUGAAAAGUUAAUAAUAGGAAGGCAAGUGGCGGUGAGGGAGUAGGGAGAAAAUGAAUCCAUUGACGCUGGUGAAACGAAUUCAGAGCAUAAACUCGAAAGAAGCUGAGUUAGGGAUUUCAGAGGACGCUUCCUGGCACGCCAAAUACAAAGAUUCCGCUUAUGUUUUUGUUGGCGGCAUUCCUUUCGAUCUCACAGAAGGCGAUCUCCUCGCCGUUUUUGCUCAAUACGGGGAGGUUGUUGAUGUUAAUCUAGUGAGAGACAAGGGCACUGGAAAAUCAAAAGGUUUUGCAUUUGUUGCGUAUGAGGAUCAAAGAAGUACGAAUCUUGCUGUAGAUAAUCUCAAUGGAGCAGAGGUUGCUGGUCGAAUUAUAAGGGUUGAUCAUGUUACUAAAUAUAAGAAGAAAGAGGAGGAGGAUGAAGAGACACAACAGCAGAAGAGAGAAGCUCGAGGAGUGUGCCGUGCUUUCCAAAGAGGUGAAUGCACCCGUGGAGCUAGCUGCAAAUUUUCCCAUGACGAGCAAAGAGCUGCAAACACAGGAUGGGGUCCUGAGGAUAAAAGUACAAGGUGGGGACAUGACAAGUUUGAUGGACCAAAAAAGACUCAGAAAAUAUCCGGCAAUGAGAGACCUUCAGGAAGCCUCCUCAAUCAGAGUGACAAGAGGGAGGAGAAGAAGCCAAGAAGGCAUGAUGAUAAUGAAAUGGAGCGGAAAUUAAAAGAAGAUUAUCAUAGAAGAGAUGAGAAGAGAUGGAGAAGACAUGAAGAUGAUGAGUUUGUGCCAAAAUCAAGAGAAUAUGAUGGGAGAGAUGAAAAGGGAUCGAGAAGGCGUGGGGAUGAUGAAUUUGAGCCGAAGUCCUGGGAUGAUUAUCAUAGAAGUGAUAAGAGAUUGAGAAGGCAUGAAGAUGAUCAAAGAGAAGAUGAAUAUAAGAAGGAUGAAAGGAGAUUGAGAAGGCAUGAUGGUGAUGGAUUGGAGCCAAGGUCAAGAGACAAUGAUUAUAAGAGGGAAGAAAACAUAGUAAAGAGGCGUGAAUCAGAAUCCUAUCUUAGAGAAGACCAAGAUAAGAGAGGAGCCAAAUGGUCUGCCCAUGCUAGGGACUCUUCCUCCAGUCGUCAUAGAGAAAGAGAUGAUAAUAGGCGCAAAUCAGAGAGAUAGAUCCUUGGUAGGAUCGUGUUCAUGCUUCCCAAUGUGCAACAGGGGUGGGGUGUUCCACCGAUUUUCUUUUGGCUGGUUAAGGUUUAUUUUGUACCUUUCUUCGACUGUAACCGUGACAUUUUACAUAAAAAAUGACGAGAUAGAGCAGGACCAUUGAUACGA